AUGUUUGUAUGUAUGAAAGUAGUUUUGGAUUUAGGCGAUAGGUCAUUAUUCAUUUAGGCUAUUAGGCUAUUCUUUAAUAGGUUGACAGGUUUCUAGGCUGUUGUCAUCAAAAUGGGUAAAACGUUUAAAACAGUGUAAUUUCACACCAUGAAUGUGUGAAACCACAGGGUUUGGAUAGACUUAAUGGAACCUGUCAUAAGGCUAUUGGCUGUGUGGUUGGCAAGAACACCAGGCAGUCGUGAUAGUCUCGACCGAGCUGCAUCAUACUCAAUCAGACCAGAGCUGUUAAAAGGGAUGGGAGCGACACAAGCGUCAGUUGUGAGCUAAGGCGGAGAGCGAGAAAAAGAUAGGUUACUACAGAAAGAGGUUUCGGAAAAUAAACGAACCUAAACCAUGCAGAUGGAUACAUCUCCCUGUAACAUCCUAUAAUAGAGUCACAAAAUGAGUAUAUUAUUUUUGUCAUCAGAAAGCCAUUAACGUUACUAUGCCGACGGGAUUUCGGUUAGGGGCUGGACCAGAAAUACCUCGCAGUUCAAUCUUAGCAAUAAAAUAGCAUUUCGACCGUUUUAAAAGUGAGACAUUUAUUAAAUCGACUAAGCUGAGAACCCGAUUGGAACAAUCUACAAACUAUGCACCGAAGAUGAUCUCCACUAAGCAAAGUCCGGACAAUAGUCGCUACCCUCUGCACUACCUGGUGUGGCACAACAAACACCGGCAGCUGGAGAAAGAGCUAUCGGCCGGCGAGCAGGUGGAUGUGGAAACUCUGGACCCUCGGGGGCGGACUCCCCUGCACCUGGCCGUCACGCUGGGACACCUGGAGUGCGCCCGGGCGCUCCUGCUGCACGGGGCCGACGUCAGCAAAGAGAACAGAAAUGGCUGGACAGUACUCCAGGAGGCCAUUAGCACGCGGGACCCAGAGCUGGUGCGCUUGGUCCUGUGUUAUCGUGACUACCAGCGCACGGCCAAGAGGCUGGCCGGGAUCCCCCUCUUGCUGGAGAGACUCCGACAGGCUCAGGAUUUUUAUGUCGAAAUGAAAUGGGAGUUUACAAGCUGGGUCCCUCUGGUGUCUCGUAUCUGCCCGAGCGACACGUACCGCGUGUGGAAGAGUGGUCAGUGUCUGCGGGUGGACACCACCCUCAUGGGCUUCGAGCAGAUGACCUGGCAAAGGGGAAACCGCAGCUUCAUUUUCCGUGGCCAAGACUCCAGUGCCAUGGUGAUGGAGGUGGACCACGACCGGCAGCUGGUGUUCUGCGAGACGCUGUCCAUGUCGUCGCUGGCGUCGCCAUCCUCGCGGAGGGCCAGCGGGGCCCUGGGGCUGAUGGGACUGGGCCCGCUGCAGCCCACCGAGGAGCAGGUGGCCGCCCGCCUCUCCGCCCCCGUGGUCACCACCCAGCUGGACGCACGCAACAUCUCCUUCGAGAGGAACAAGACGGGCAUCCUGGGCUGGCGCACAGAGAAGACUGAGUUGGUGAGCGGGUACGAGUCGAAGGUCUAUGCAGCUUCCAAUGUGGAGCUGAUCACCCGGACCAGAACAGACCACCUCAGUGAACAGCACAAAGUCAAACCCAAAGUGACGUCUUCUCUCUGCCCUCCAGGCAGUAAGACGCCUCUGCAGUCCUUCCUGGGGAUCGCGGAGCAGCACGUGGGGCCCAACAACGGGCAGACGCUGGUGACCCAGAUGUCCUGCUCCAUGACCAACCCCACGGCGCUGACGGCGGAGGAGUACUUCAGUCCCAGCCUGCCCCUGGGCCAGAGGGACAUCGGACACCCCUGCCACCUCACCACCAAGACACAGAGGUUUAAAGCCAAGCUGUGGCUCUGUGAGUCCCAUCCUCUGUCCCUGGAUGACCAGGUGGCGCCCAUCAUCGACCUGAUGGCCAUCUCCAACACCCUCUUCGCCAAGCUGAGGGACUUCAUCACCCUCCGCCUUCCUCCUGGUUUCCCCGUAAAGAUUGAGAUCCCCAUCUACCACAUCCUGAACGCGCGCAUCACCUUCGGGAACCUGAACGGCUGUGAGGAGGCGGCGGUGUUGGGCCGCGCCGAGGGGGAGGUCGAGAGCCCGAAGGACGGCCUCAGGACCGAGACGCCGUCCCCCGGGAGCGACUGCUCCAGCGUCUCUAGCUCCAGCUCCAGCACCUCGUGUCGUGGUGGAGAGAUCUCCCCGUGUGUGUUUGAAGCCCCCCCAGGCUACACGGUGCUGGGGGGGAACCUGAGGGAGAACAUGCGUGAGGAGGAGGAGGACCUGCUGCAGUUUGCCAUCCAGCAGAGCCUGCUCGAGGCCGGCUCCGAGUUCGACCAGGUGACCAUCUGGGAGGCUUUGACAAACAGCAAGCCCAGCACGCACCAGCUCUCCUGCGACCCCGGCCGCGUGGAAAGGACGCCCCAGCACAAGCCCUGUGCCCAGGCCAGCCCUCGCUGCACCCCACCCUGUAAGCCCUCCCACCGCUAUGACGAGCAGCUGCAGCUGGCCAUGGAGCUGUCGGCCCACGAGCAGCAGGAGGCCCAGCUCCGCCAGCGGCAGGAAGAGGAGGAGCUACAGCGCAUCAUCCAGCUGUCGCUCAUGGAGAAGUGAGAGGGGCGUGGCCCGGGCCAGCGGCAGACGCCGAAGGGGAAAUGAGAGUGAGAGAGUGGGGGCGGGGCUUACAGGUGAGUCCGCCUCGGCCCCAUCAUCACCUGUUUUCAGGCCCCUACCCCGUCCCCCUCUCCCCAUCUCCUCCUCCUCCUCCUCCUCCAGAGGAAGAAGCUGCUCAUGCUCAGUGGCUGUCUGGUGCACACAACCUCUUCAUGGUGUCUGCCUCUUCAGCAGAGUCCAGAAGAAGGAAAAAAAGAGAAAAGAGAAAAAAAAGAAAGGACCAGAGAAGAAGACCAACCUCCUGAGCAAUCUCAAUCUCCUUGACAGACCUUGUACACGGAGAGGAAGUCUCUGUAUGAAGCCUCAGGUCUGGAUCAGCUCUAGAUCUUUCCUGUGUUUAUUGACUUAAGCAUCACUCUGGAAGCCAUCCUCCAGUGUGCAGUGGUGUACCCUGUACAGACACAAUUGGACACUUAAAGGACAUAGUAAUGGGCAAGGGUGGCGAAAGUACAAUAUUGACGUAAAUCUAUCACCCUUUUUUUUUAAUAAAUGGGUAAUAUCCUGUUUUUGUCAUUAUUUGCACAAAUUAUGAUUGUACUGUAUUUAGCUUGUACAUGGAUGAGCGUACUGUAAUGACUGUUCAUUUGAAGGAAUAAAUGGAUAGGUGAUUAACCUUGUUGGUCUGUUGGCAGCUAAUCUUCAAGAUGGCGGCAGCAUGACUUUUUGCCAGUUUCUUUUGGCCCUUGUAUAUCUGACACAGAUGUUCCUUGCCGCCAAGCAAAGAAAAUGGAAAGUUGAACCUUUUGUGUAUCUAGAAUAUCAACAUAUUUAGAAUGACAGUCGGCUCAUAGAUCUCCUCACCCCUGAAAUUCAAUAUAUUCAAAACAGACCGUAUCCUGACUUCAUACAUGUUCCUACUUGUAUCCUACAAAUGGUGCUAUGUUGGUCUCUCUGGUUGUUAUAUUCUUUAUGUUAUAUUAUUAGGGGUUAAUGAAACCUCAAAUAAAUGAAUGGUAUGUGUUCUCCCACACUUACAUACACUUUAAUUAAUGUAUCUUCCAUAGAACCUUCCAUUGGUUUGCAUAAGCCUGCAAAGAAGGAGAGCACUAGAUGACAGUGUAACUAAGCACAACAUACUCAAACCGAAAGGAGCGAUACAAUGCUGUAUUUUUAAGCUCACUGGCUAAGAAAAGGGCUUUCUCAAAUUUGGUAUGCAUUGUGCAGCUUUGUGUCAUUUAUGUACUGGAAGGUAACGUAGUAAGAAAAUGUUGAGGUCAUAUUUUCCCCCACAAGCUGUCGUGUACCGAUCUAAAUGGAAUUGAUAUAAUUAUACAUUAGCAUAGGUUAUUCGAAUAAUGCUUAUAAAUGUAUUCGAUGGAAUGAAUAGGAAAUAAUGGUUGGACGCUUGUUUUGCCCAUUAAGUCCAGAGAGCACCUGUUGCAGUUGGAUAAAGAUCAUGGGAUGUAACCAUAACAUAUUUUGUAGAGUUCUGCUGGUCAAUAAAGCAUUUUAAACAUG